UCUCCUCCCUAUGACACAGACACACAUUGCCAAUUUGCUCUUCAUUUUACACUCUAAACCUCAAACCUUGGACCCUUCGUGAUGUCUCGAACUGCAACAACAAUGGGUGAGCGUGUUCCAAACGAUGUCGUGGAAGACAUCCUGGGUCAGCUACCAGUGAAAUCCUUAACCCGAUUCAGGUGCGUUUCGAAAUCUUGUGACUCCAUUAUCACUGACCCCACUUUCAUUGCCAAACACUUCAAUCUCAACCUUAACCAAUCUGAAUCAUUGAUAUCCACAAACGCUCACAGUGGGUAUUUGCUAUAUACUACAAAGGAUGAGAAUAGUUCACCAUCUUCCAAACAUCUGUGUACGGUUGUUUGCAACAAUGACCGCACUUUGACCCAGAUUUCAAGAACAAUGACUUCAAGAUUCUGAGACUUCUGUCUGUGGGACCAGAGGCCGAGGCCGAGAUUUGCAGUUUGAGUACAGAUUCCUGGAGAAAGGUUGUAAUAUCGUUGGAAUCCUUAAGUGGG